AUGGAAGCAGACCAUAAGAUGCUGGACUUUGAGCAUGUAGUACCCAGCAAGGAUAUGCGGAAUCGCUACGAAAGCGUCGACGUUUGGCGGGGCGACACAAUAUUCGACGGUUCCAAAGACAAACCAGAGCCCGAGCGGCCCAGGCAGUAUCCGCCAUCUUUUUUCAACAACCCAGCAAAGUACCUUGAACAGACUCUGGUAGCGGACUAUUCUAGCACUUUGAGUGAAGAAAUAUUCGUGAUGCUGAAAACUGGUGGAACUGUCAUGUGGGAUCGUCUACCUAUUCAUCUAGUGACCACGCUGACUAGAGUCAAGAAUUUUGCUCUAUACUCUGAUUUGGCAGGUUCUGUCGGAGGCCAUGAGGUUAUUGACAUCUUGAAGGAUCUUCCUAAGGAGGUUUUGGAGAGCGACGACAUGACUACUUAUCGUUUGAUGCGCAAAAUGCAUAAUGAAGGUUACAACUGGGGUACCGAUAUUCUUGAUCUCAGAGGUAGAAAAGAUGGCUGGGCUACAGACCGAUUCAAGAAUAUUCCCAUGCUAGCUGAUGCGUACACAAAGCGACCUGAAUCUAAAUGGUUUGUGUUCAUCGACGACGACACGUUUGUUAUGUGGGACAAUCUUGAACAGUACCUGAGCAAAAUUGACCAUAAGAAACCAAUUUAUCUUGGACACCGUGCCUGGUUCCCUAGCCCCGCUGUGCAUAAUGGCAAGAAAGUUUCGUUCUUUGCCCAUGGAGGCUCCGGCGUCGUUUUGUCAAAGGGCGCAAUGGAUACCUUAUUUGGGCCCGACUCAAACUCUACUAUUCAAGAGACCAUCGAAGAUUGGUCUUUGAGAGCAAUGAGGCAGUGUUGCGGCGAUCUGAUGGUUGCGUGGGCGCUUUUUGAAAAGGGCGAUGUUACGUUGGACCCCGAGAGUGAGGAGUACCCCAUGAUCCGAUUCCAAGGUGAAGCAGUGAACCUUGCCGAGUACGGCCCUGAAGACAUGUGCGAGCCACUGUUAACCUUCCAUCACUUGACAGGCCACGAUAUCGAAGUUCUGUGGGAGUAUGAGAGGCUCAGACCUAAAGGAGUUCCAACUCUCUACAACGACUUUUAUAGAGAUUUUGUGCUCCCGUAUGUCGUUGAGGAGAGAGAAGGUUGGUAUAUGGGACGUUCAACAUAUACAAUCUCGGAGAGAGAGAACACACCGUUCGAGGAUGGCGAUGGAAAAGAAAUCUAUCCUCACAAAAAGAAAGAGGAUUGCCGCAAGGCCUGUGAAAAGCACAAUACCUGCUAUGUUUGGAGUUAUUGGAAAGGCACAUGCCAACUUCAACACAACAACAUUGUUCUGGGCAGCAAAGCCACGCGGGAUCGAAAUGACUACGUUAAGAAGUUUGGACUUGCACCUAGAGUUACGACUGGGUGGAUGGUUGAUCGGAUUCGUGAACUACGUGCUAGUCUUAAAUGCGAUCCGUUGAAGUAUGAUAAAAAGACUGGCGAGUACAACGAUUCACCAGAAACUGCGGAAGGGUGGGCGAUAAGGGCAUUAGAGGCCGCGGAAAAACAGCUAAACGAGUCGCAAUCUAUACCACCUGAUGAGCUGCAAUCUAACCCAUCUGACGAGCUGGAAUCUACCCCACCUGAUGAGAUUAAUCAAGAAUCCAACAUUAAUCUAGCAUAA